AUGGCUCAAUUAACGCCAAUAAGAGGAUUCACUAAUACUCCGGUAACGAAAUCAAUAUGUUUAAUAUCAACAAUUGUGCCCAUCCUAUUAUCAAUUUUAUCAAUCAAAUACUAUGUGAAUUUAAGUAUUGAUCCAUAUAUAAUAGAAUAUCACCAAUUCUGGAGGCUAAUAACGUAUCAAAUGUCAGUUAUAAAUGAAUCGGAUUAUUUGUUAAUUGUAUUAUUGUGGUUUCAAUUCAAAGUCUUGGAAAGAUUUUAUGGUUCAAGAAAAUAUUUAUCUGUAAUAACAUCAUUUGCCCUUGCAAAUGCUAUAACUUGUCUAUUUGUAAUGAGUGUUGGUCAAUUAUUGAUUUAUUAUAUAUCAUUUACCAUAAAAGUUUAUAUUUUCAGGUUUGGUCCAAACUCAAUUCAUUAUGAAUCGACUAUAUUAAACACAGUUACUCCUGGUCCAUUAGGUAUUCUUUCAUCAUUAUACGUCACUUAUGGUGUAAAUAUUCCCAUAUCAUACUAUUUCAAAAUUUUACUCAAAAAGCCAACUGCAAAAGAAGAACCACUCGGUUUUGGAAAAUCCUCAAAAGAGUUAAACUUAAGUAAUAAAUUUCCUAUUCAUAUACUAUACAUCUUGUUGGUGUUAAAUAAUGGCACUAAAUCAAUUAUCCCGUGUAUUGUUGGUCUUUUAAUUGGUAAAUUAUAUACAUUCGAUUUACUUUUUGGAACAUCAUGGCUUUUACCAAAAUCAAUAUUUCAGUUUUUUACAAAUCCAGCUAAAAAGACAAUUCAAAUAAUUCUGUCAAUACGAUAUAGAUUAUUUAGCAGCAGCUAUCAGCCACUACCAUCCAGAGGUGAAAGAAUAAUGAGUGAAGAACCAGAUGAUAACGACGAAGUUUUAGAUGAAACUCGUCAACAAGAAAGUCAAAUAAGAGCAGAAACCCCAGUAAGACCAUUAGGUAGUCAAUUUCUAGAUACAUUUCGUCAUUAA